AUGGUUGCCAAUACGUCUACUGCUACAAUUCGGACUCGCAAGUUCAUGACCAACCGACUGCUAUGCAGAAAGCAAAUGGUUGUUGAUGUCAUGCAUCCAGGAAAACCUUCUCCUAAAAAAACUGAUAUUCGUGAAAAAUUAGCUAAGAUGUUCAAAGUUUUACCUGAUGUUGUAUUUGUCUUUGGAUUCCAAACAUGCUUUGGAGGUGGAAAAUCAACAGGUUUUGCUCUUAUCUACGACACGUUAGAUCAUGCAAAGAAGUUUGAACCAAAAUACAGACUGCAAAGGCAUGGACUUUUCGAAAAGAAAACUCAGACAAGGAAACAGAGGAAGGAAAGGAAGAACAGGAUGAAGAAGGUGCGAGGUACCAAAAAGACUAAAGUUGGUGCCACCUCUGGAAAAAAGUAA